UUUUACAAAAUGUAUUGUUAUAAAAGUAUAUUCAAGGGUAAAUUUUGCUUGAAAUGGUGCUGGAGGAAGCGUUGGCCGGGCUUCGAGACAGACGAUGUCACCUCGACUGGAGAACGCUCAAUAAGUUAUUCGUAGCUGCUCCUGUGUAGAUAUAGAUAUUAAAAAAUAAUUUUUAUCUAUAACAUAUAUUAUACAAAAUGAAUUCGUUUAACGCUCCCACCACCCAAAUUAAUGCGAUAGAUAAAAUGACAACAGUGAAAUGCAAAUCCGUUGAUUUGGAGGGAUACGUUAUUAUAGUGGUGCAAACUAAGGAUAACAGAGUAAAAUUAUAUGGUUCACCAUCAGCUGGUAACUGGGAUAAUUUGGAAUUGGCUGACGAGAUAAUGGAUGUCAAUGAGACCAGGCUAGAAGAUAUGACAAGAGCUGAAGUCUUGGGGCAUAUACACGAGUGUAUCUCGUCAUGCGUGAUCAAGCUACGAGUGAAGAGACGCAGCGAAACGAAAUUAUUGUCAGACAUCGGCCAUAACAUCAUACAAGAUGCCUUCCUUAUUGCGGUGGAGGAGCAAGCUCGGCAACGGCUGCAGCGGUUGUCAGCACUCAAGCGUAUCACUCCAGUUGACAUGUCUAAACUUUCAGUAGAGUUAAAUAGAAGAAAACGAACCCAACCAGAAAAUAGACAAGAGUUAAACGGUUAUAUAGCAAACUCCACCGUAUAUGUGACUUCCAUAAACGAAAAUGGAGCAAUAGAGAGUAAACCUACGAUAUCAUCGCCGAAAUCACAACCAAAGUCACUGCAGGCGAAACCUGCACCAGUUAUAGCGAACGGUAUUCAAAGUGAGAAGAAAAAAGAAGCAAUAGAAGUUAAAGAAGACAAAAUAGAACCUGAGAAACACGAAAAGGAUUCAAGUGAGAAAAGUCUCAAAGUUAAAGUGGAAAGUGAAGUGAAAAUUGAGAGUGAAGUGACUAGUGAUAAAGAUGUUAGUAAAAGUGACCCAUAUAGUGUUGCGAGAGAGCAUUUGAAUAACGGUAGAAGUGAAAAACUAUUAGGUGAACAACCUGAUCACAGGAUCAGAGCUACGGCAAUAGUCGAGAGCAAUAAACUAGCACCAGGGGAGAAAGGGCCUCGCAGACGAUCAGGGUCCAGCAUAGUGGUGCUUGGUGCUGAAGACGAGAAACGACCACCGCCGGAUGACGACGGGGAAAUGCUCACUAUGCUCUCAUUGUCUUCUGACACUGGUCCCCACCGUGAGAUGGCGGUGGACGUUCCGGACAGCUUCAUCGCGAGGAAUAAAACACCCCCUCGCUACCCACCACCUCGACCCCCUCAGGUACGCCUUCGGGCAACCAGAGACGACGAGCCUCUUUUGUUAUCUUCUGGGGGUUCAGGAACAAGCUUUGGUAGUAAACAGAGCACUGUUCUCCAGAGCACUCUAGACAUAUCUGGCCCCAGCUCCGACGGUUCGGGUAGUUUCAAGAAUAACAGUAACAUAGAGUUGCUUUCACUGCCGCAAAGUUCGGAGGGUUCAGGAACUAGCUUCGGAAGUAAGAAGAGCAAGGGAUCUUCAGAAACAGCCAAAUGCGGGGAUUUGAUAUCUGAGAGAUCAGAAUCGGUGGCAUCAAAUACAACGCACAACUUAAGCGACCAUAAGAUCCAACUUCUCAUAUCUAAUGGGGAGGAUUCUUUACUCGACUGCAGGGAGGGGGUGACAUACUCGGCGAGAACUGACUCCGUGUUAAUCCGAGAGGCAGUGUACGCAUCGUACAAGCUUCCUCCUGGGUUUGACACGACUCCAGUGCUUCUCGGGAGGGAGGUAGCUGUAGACGUGCCGGACACAUUUGUUCAGAUAGUGAAAACAACACCGAAAUAUCCUGGUAUCGUGGACAGAAAGAGCGUGGCGUUUCAGCAGGUAAAUGGCACUGCGAAGACCACAGCUCCAGCUGUACCACCAAGGGAAGUGUCACGAGACGCGCCUCCGCGACCCCCCGCCCACGACAAUGUGGUCGCCACCAAGGAGCAAAUGGAUUCCAUAAAGAAAUAUCAAGAACAACUACGACAACGCAAAGAAGUGGAAGAACGCAUAGCGGCGCAAAAUGAGUUCCUCAGGACAUCGUUGCGGAGUUCUCACAAACUUCAGGCCCUGGAGUCGACGCCGCCGUCCUCGGGCACGGCAUUUGUCAACGACGCGUAUGAGGACGACCUGAGCGAUGACUCUACGCACUUAUAUACUGUAGUUGAUUACCAAGAAGUAUGCGCAGCACUAUCGAGGGUACAGAAAGCCCUUGGCGCGAAUGGAGAGUCAGCGCUUGCAGCGCGGGUUGCAGGCGCCGCUGGUGCUCUCCUCUGUCCUGCAUUGAGGACAGCACUGGCGACGCGCUCCGCUGUUCUCACCGCUGCAAGACAUAAACGACAGGGUCUGUCUCCACCGCAUACGCACCGAGCUACUGACAGAUUGAAGGACUGUAUGGACGUCCUAGGUGCACAAACAGCUGCAGGAGGUGAGUCGUCGGCGUUGGCCGCGGAAUUGCUCACAAUACUAGGCGGUAUGGAGUUGGAGAGUCUGAUCCAAGCUCACGACCAGGCAGCCGCUCUACUCGACCCCGCCUGCUUUAACAGGGGAAAGAGGCAUAAGACUGGUAACAACUAUAAUCACAAAGGAGAGAACGAUAAAGCUUUAACGGCGCAUUCGCCGGACGACCCGAGCGAGCACAUCAAAAUUAUUAAAAUUGAAAAGACUAAUGAACCACUUGGUGCUACAGUAAGAAAUGAAGGAGAAGCAGUCAUAAUUGGAAGGAUAGUGAGAGGUGGUGCGGCAGAAAAAUCGGGAUUAUUGCACGAAGGGGACGAGCUGCUGGAGGUGAACGGCGUGGCGAUGCGCGGCAAGUCUGUGCACGAGGUGUGCCAGGUGCUGGGCGCGCUGUCGGGCACGCUGUCGGUGGUGCUGGCGCCGCGCGCGCCGGCGCGCUCGCCCGCCGCGCGCCCGCCGCCGCCCGCGCACCGCGUGCUGCACGUGCGCGCGCACUUCGACUACGACCCCGAGGACGACGUCUACAUACCGUGCCGCGAGCUCGGCAUAAGUUUCCAAAAAGGCGACGUCCUACACGUGAUCAGUCGCGAAGAUCCUAAUUGGUGGCAAGCGUUCCGGGAAGGCGAAGAGGACCAAACGCUCGCAGGCCUGAUACCCAGCCAAGCUUUCCAACACCAACGAGAAUCAAUGAAGCUAACGUUAGCGGGUGAAGUUGCUGCGAGGGAUAAACCACGAAAAGGUGGCACGUUGCUUUGUGCAAAGAAACCGCCUAGAAAAAAGAAAGGAAAGAAGGCCACCAGUGAAGCGGGCUACCCAUUGUAUUCGACUUCUGGAGCAGACGAAUACGAACAAGAGGAGAUCCUAACAUACGAGGAGGUAGCGCUGUACUACCCUCGCGCGUCGCACAAGCGGCCCAUCGUGUUGAUUGGCCCGCCCAACAUAGGCCGCCACGAGCUCCGCCAGAGGCUUAUGGAGGACAGUUCCAGAUUCGCUGCAGCUGUGCCACAUACAUCCAGACCGCGCAAAGACCACGAGGUUCCCGGUCAGGAUUACCACUUCAUAUCGCGUACGCAGUUUGAGGCUGAUAUUCUAAACAGGAAAUUCGUUGAGCACGGGGAAUACGAGAAAGCAUACUACGGAACAUCACUAGAAGCAAUACGAGAAGUUGUCAACUCCGGAAAAAUCUGUGUGCUUAACUUACAUCCGCAGUCACUGAAGAUCUUAAGGAAUUCAGACCUCAAGCCUUACACUGUGUUUGUUGCGCCACCUAGUCUCGAGAAGCUAAGACAGAAAAAGAUUAGAAAUGCAGAGGCGUUUAAGGAGGAAGAGUUAAAAGAAAUAAUAGCAACAGCGAGGGAUAUGGAAUUACGAUGGGGCCAUUUGUUCGACAUGAUUAUCAUAAAUAACGACACACAACGUGCCUACCAACAGUUGUUGAACGAAAUCAACAGCCUAGAGAGGGAACCACAGUGGGUGCCUGCACACUGGCUGAAGCAUACCUAGCGGGGGGUGGGCACCAGCGGCCCCGGCGGCCCCCUCGGCCCUGUAGGCUCCGUUGGCCCCCUUGGCCCUGAUGGCCCCAAUGGCUCCCUCGGCCCUGCUAACCCUGAUGGCUAUGACGGCCCUUAUCGUACCAACACUUCUAAUGGCUCCGAUGGUCCCGUUGGCCCCGCUUCUCCAUUUGGGCGACACCGCACUCUCGAGAGAGACACCGGAAUGUUCAAGCUCGUAUUGUUGUUGGAAAUAAUAACGCAAAUGGUUUUACAUUUGCUUUUCUACUUUAUCAAUUCAUGCGAUAGAAGGCAAAAAUAUACUUUAAAAAGGGAUAGGUUGUUGUCGAAUGGUGAAACACGUUCUGUAGGUAAAACUAAUGAUAGAGUCGAGGUACAUUCGAGUAUCUAUGGAUUCCGAUCCUGAAAUGGUAGUUGAAAAUUUAGAAUUUAGAAAUGUGUUCCCAAAUAUUACAUAUUUAGUUGAAGGUGAUCAUUUGAAACUAAUAAGAGGUCGGUCGCUUGGUAUUCGAUUGUUGGGUGUAUUUUGUUUCACUCGAUUGUGACAAUAAAAGAGUGACGAAAUACGUCUACAGUACCGUUGUUUUUACAUUUAUAUCAAGUUCCAGCCUGAUGUCUACUUGCCCCAAACAACGUCAACAUCAUAAUUUGGUCAGUGGCAAGUUGACAAUAUCAGGGCUUAAUUUAUUUACGUAUCUUGUAAAUUUAACAAAAAAGUGAGGUGCAAAAUACUUAUGAAAAGUUUCUUAGUACGGUGUUACGGAAAUGCCAGGAUGAGAGAAAUUUAGUAAUAUUAAUUAAUUCGUAUGCGAAUGGUAGACCACGAAAAAUAAAUAUUUAAUAAUAGAUUUAUUAGAACUUUCAUUACCUUUACAUAAAAAUACUGGCAAUAAAAAAAUUCACUAUCGUCUGACAUUAGUUAUAAAAUUUUGUAGGAACCUGAACCAACGAAAACCAUAAUUUGUAGCCAUUGAUGUAGUAUAAAGAAACUAGAUGUACAAUUACUAAAAAAUGUAUAUCUACAAAAAGUGUUCGAGUAACAGAUUAUAGUUUAAAACAUUACGUUAUAAUACUUAUAAAUUCACCUGUUAAACAAGACAAGUUGACAGUGCCCAUAUUCUAUGCAAAAUUUACCAAUUAACCGUUAGAGCAGUUUUGACUUGGAUAAGAAUUUAAAUAGAUACCAUAAUUGCAGGUAUUUCUUGAAAAAAUGUUAUUGACAAAAACUGCAUAAUAGGUGGUAUAUUUGGAAGGCGUUUGCUAUCAACAAAUUAUUAUUGAGUAAGAUCAAGACAGAUUAGUAGUUACGCUCAUGGGCGGCGGUAGUCACUUACCACCAAGUGAGUCGCAAGCUCGUUAGCCCCCUGCCCCUUAUC